UCUUACUCAAUAUACAAACCCACCAGAAGAAAUAGACUUAGUAUACCAAGAAUUCACGGAUACUGAUUUACUUGCAUUAACAACUCUAGAAAAUGAUGAUGCUAAUAGUAUAAAUGAAAGUAAUUUUUUUAUUACUCCUUCAAACCCUGCUAAACUCGAUGCUAUUCAUACUGUGAUUAGUCUUCUUGACACAACCAUCUCUGAUCACAAUACU